GUCGCCGGAGAAGCAUCAUGCCGAGGAGGAAGCAGCAGGCGCCCCGGCGCGCAGCAGCCUAUGUUUCGGAUGAACUCAAGGCAGCCGCCCUGGUAGAUGAAGAUACGGGGCCGGAAGAGCAGCCUGCAGAUGGAGAGCCAGCGGCCAAGUACCUGUGUCCCGACAAGGAGCUUGGCAAGACGUGCCCCAGCUACCAAAACUCCCCAGCGGCGGAGUUUUCCAGCCAUGAAAUGGACAGCGAGUCACACAUCAGCGAGACCAGCGACCGAAUGGCUGACUUUGAGAGCGGGUCCAUUAAGAAUGAAGAGGAGACCAAGGAGGUGCCAGUACCGCUGGAGGACACGACUGUGUCCGACAGCCUGGAGCAGAUGAAGGCCGUGUACAACAACUUCCUGUCCAACUCCUACUGGUCCAACCUCAACCUCAACCUGCACCAGCCCUCCUCGGAGAACAACGGCAGCAGCAGUAGCAGCAGCAGUAGCAGUAGCAGCUGUGGCAGCGGCAGCUUCGACUGGCACCAGAGCGCCAUGGCCAAGACCCUGCAGCAGGUGUCACAGAGCCGCAUGCUGCCCGAGCCCAGCCUCUUCAGCACAGUGCAGCUGUACCGGCAGAGCAGCAAACUCUACGGCUCCAUCUUCACCGGCGCCAGCAAGUUCCGCUGCAAAGACUGCAGCGCCGCCUACGACACGCUGGUGGAGCUGACGGUGCACAUGAAUGAGACGGGCCACUACCGCGAUGACAACCACGAAACCGACAAUAACAACCCCAGGCGCUGGUCCAAGCCCCGCAAGCGCUCCUUGCUGGAGAUGGAAGGCAAGGAAGAUGCCCAGAAAGUGUUGAAGUGCAUGUACUGUGGCCAUUCCUUCGAGUCCCUGCAAGACCUGAGCGUCCACAUGAUCAAAACAAAACACUACCAAAAAGUGCCUCUGAAGGAGCCUGUCACUCCCGUCACAGCCAAAAUCAUCCCCGCCCGGAAGAAGGCUCCGCUUGAGCUCGAGCUGCCCAGUUCCCCGGACUCCACGGGUGGCACCCCCAAAGCCCCUGCGGCGGCCGAUGCCAACGAUGCGCUUCAGAAGAACUCCAACCCUUACAUCACGCCAAAUAACCGCUACGGCCACCAGAACGGGGCCAGCUACGCGUGGCACUUCGAGGCGCGGAAGUCGCAGAUCCUCAAGUGCAUGGAGUGUGGCAGCUCCCACGACACGCUGCAGGAGCUCACGGCGCACAUGAUGGUCACCGGCCACUUCAUCAAGGUCACCAACUCAGCCAUGAAGAAGGGGAAGCCCAUCAUGGAGACGCCUGUCACACCCUCCGUCGCCACCCUGCUGGAUGAGAAGGUGCAGUCCGUGCCCCUGGCGGCCACCACGUUCACAUCACCCUCCAACACCCCCGCCAGCAUCUCGCCCAAGCUGAAUGUGGUGGAGGUCAAGAAGGAAGUGGACAAGGAGAAGGCGGGCACCCCAGAGGAGAAGCCCAAGGAGAAGGAGAAGGCGAGCGAGGAGGAGGAGAAGUACGACAUCUCCUCCAAGUACCACUACUUGACCGAGAACGACCUGGAAGAGAGCCCCAAAGGGGGCCUCGAUAUCCUCAAGUCCCUGGAGAACACCGUGACAUCCGCCAUCAACAAAGCCCAGAAUGGCACCCCGAGCUGGGGGGGCUACCCCAGCAUCCACGCUGCCUAUCAGCUCCCCAACAUGAUGAAGCUGUCUCUGGGCUCGGCGGGCAAGGGCACGCCCCUGAAACCCAUGUUUGGCAACAGCGAACUCGUGUCCCCCACCAAGAGCCAGAACCUGGUCUCUCCACCCAGCAGCCAGACCUCCCCCAUGCCCAAGACCAACUUCCACGCUAUGGAGGAGCUGGUGAAAAAAGUCACCGAGAAGGUGGCCAAGGUCGAGGAGAAGAUGAAGGAGCCGGAGGGCAAGCUGUCCCCGCCCAAGCGGGCCACGCCUUCUCCCUGCAGCAGCGAGCUCAGCGAGCCUGUCAAGCUGGAGGCAGCCAGCGAUGGGGGCUUCAAGAGCCAGGACAGCAGCAGCCCCAGCCCUCCGCGGGAGGGCACCAAGGAGGGCAGCCCCAGGGCCGAGCCCGUGGAGAACGGCAAGGCCCUGGGGCAGCCCCUGACUGGAGGUCUGAGUGGCAGUACGGCCAUCAUCACGGACCACCCGCCCGAGCAGCCCUUCGUGAACCCACUGAGUGCCCUGCAGUCAGUCAUGAACAUCCACCUGGGCAAGGCCGCCAAGCCCUCGCUGCCUGCGCUAGACCCCAUGAGCAUGCUCUUCAAGAUGAGCAACAGCCUGGCCGAGAAGGCGGCCGUGGCCACCCCACCACCCCUGCAGGCCAAGAAGGUCGACCACCUGGACCGCUAUUUCUACCACGUGAGCAAUGAUCAACCCAUAGACCUGACCAAAGGCAAGGGUGACAAGGGCUGCCCUUUGGGGUCGGUGCUUCUGUCCCCCACGUCCACGGCCCCAGCCACCUCCUCCUCCUCCUCCACGGUUGCCACAACGACGGCCAAGACGGCUGCCGCCGUGGUGUCCUUCAUGUCCAACUCGCCACUGCGCGAGAACGCCUUGUCGGACAUAUCCGACAUGCUCAAGAACUUGACCGAGAGCCACACGUCCAAGUCGUCCACGCCCUCCAGCAUCUCUGAGAAGUCCGACCUCGACGGGGCCACUCUGGAGGAGGCCGAGGAGGCGACGCCAGCGCAGAAGAGGAAGGGCCGCCAGUCCAACUGGAACCCCCAGCACCUGCUCAUCCUCCAGGCCCAGUUUGCCGCCAGCUUGCGACAGACCUCAGAAGGCAAGUACAUCAUGUCCGACCUGAGCCCCCAGGAGCGGAUGCACAUCUCCCGGUUCACGGGUCUCUCCAUGACCACCAUCAGCCACUGGCUGGCCAAUGUGAAAUACCAGCUCCGAAGGACAGGUGGAACAAAGUUCCUCAAGAACCUGGACACAGGCCACCCCGUGUUCUUUUGUAACGACUGUGCGUCCCAAAUCAGGACUCCCUCCACGUACAUCAGCCACCUGGAGUCACACCUGGGCUUCCGGCUCCGGGACUUAUCCAAACUCUCCAGCGAACAGAUUAGCAAUCAGAUAGCACAAACCAAGUCGCCGUCAGAAAAACUGGUGACGUCCUCCCCAGAGGAGGACCUGGGGACCUCCUACCAGUGCAAGCUCUGCAACCGGACCUUUGCCAGUAAACAUGCGGUGAAACUUCACCUUAGCAAAACGCACGGGAAGUCGCCCGAAGACCACCUCCUGUACGUGUCCGAGCUGGAGAAGCAGUAGCGUUUGCUCGGAGGGAAAACUCCUCCAAGGCACCUUAAGGCCCCGCCCCCACC